AGUGGCUUGGGACAAGAUGCUUGCUGGCCGGUGCUGUGCCUCCGCACGUUUGGAAGUUAGGGGCUGGAGGGCCCUGGUCCGGUUACAGCUUUCGCCCCUUUUCUACCAGCCGUUCCUCCAGGUCUGUCCACACUUUGCAGCCUCCCUUCCCCACCCGGGCCGCCUCUGGAACUCACGGUCUCACGAAGUACCCUUAAAGAAGAGGCCCUCAGAAGGUUCUCUUAAGAAGAUAAAGUAGUGGAAACGAGUCUCCUGAGCUUUUCUGGCCCUAAAUGGCUGCAGAAUCAAGGAAGUCUUUAGCUCCAUCCCCACCAGACCAGGCUCCUGAAGAGGACCUUGUAAUCAUCAAGGUAGAGGAAGAUCAUGGUUGGGACCAGGAAUCAAGUCUACAUGAAAGUAACCCUCCUGGGCAAGAGCUAUUCCGCCUGCGCUUCAGGAAGUUAUGCUACCAAGAGACACUAGGACCCCGAGAAGCUCUGAUCCAACUCCGAGCACUUUGCCAUCAGUGGCUGAGGCCAGAUUUGAACACCAAGGAGCAGAUCCUGGAGCUGCUGGUGCUGGAGCAGUUCUUGACCAUCCUGCCAGAGGAGCUCCAGACUCUGGUUAAGGAACAUCAGCUAGAGAAUGGAGAGGAAGUGGUCACUCUAUUGGAGGAUUUGGAAAGGCAAAUUGAUAUACUAGGACGGCCAGUCCCUGCUCGUGCACAUGGACAUAGGGUACUCUGGGAGGAGGUCAUGCAUUCCAAAUCUGUACCAGAGCCUGCGGAUACUCAGCUCCAACCUGUGGCAACCCAGCACAAAUCUCCAGUGCUCCAAGGGCCACAAGACAGAGCCAUAUCUGCUUCACAGAGUCCUACCCCUUCCCAGAAAGGAAGUCCUCGAGACCAGGAGAUGACAGCCACACUUCUUACAGCAGGGUUCCAGACUUUGGAGAAGAUUGAAGACAUGGCUGUGUCCCUAAUUCGAGAGGAAUGGCUUCUUGAUUCAACACAGAAGGAUCUGAGUAGAGAUAACAGGCCAGAGAAUUACAGAAACAUGUUCUCCCUGGGUGGUGAGACCAGGAAUGAGAACAGGGAAUUAGCUUCAAAACAGGUAAUAUCUACUGGAAUCCAACCACAUGGAGAGACAGCUGCCAAAUGCAACGGGGAUGUUAUCGGGGGUCUUGAGCAUGGAGAAGCCCGAGACCUUCUGGGCACAUUAGAGAGGCAGCGGGGAAAUCACACCCAAGAGAGACGACAUAAAUGUGAUGAAUGUGGGAAGAGCUUUGCUCAGAGUUCAGGUCUUGUUCGCCACUGGAGAAUCCACACUGGGGAGAAACCUUAUCAGUGUAAUGUGUGUGGUAAAGCCUUCAGUUACAGGUCAGCCCUUCUUUCCCAUCAGGAUAUCCACAACAAAGUAAAACGCUACCACUGUAAGGAGUGUGGUAAAGCCUUCAGUCAAAACACAGGCCUGAUCCUGCACCAGAGAAUCCAUACUGGGGAGAAGCCGUAUCAGUGCAAUCAGUGUGGAAAGGCUUUCAGUCAGAGUGCGGGCCUUAUUCUGCACCAGAGAAUCCACAGUGGGGAGAGACCCUAUGAAUGUAAUGAGUGUGGGAAAGCUUUCAGUCAUAGCUCACACCUCAUCGGACAUCAGAGAAUCCACACUGGGGAGAAGCCCUAUGAGUGUGAUGAGUGUGGGAAAACCUUCAGGCGGAGCUCACAUCUUAUUGGCCAUCAGAGAAGCCACACUGGGGAGAAACCCUACAAAUGCAAUGAGUGUGGGAGGGCCUUCAGUCAAAAGUCAGGCCUUAUUGAACAUCAGAGAAUCCACACUGGAGAAAGACCCUAUAAAUGUAAAGAAUGUGGGAAAGCUUUCAAUGGGAACACUGGCCUCAUUCAGCAUCUGAGAAUUCACACAGGGGAGAAGCCCUAUCAAUGUAAUGAGUGUGGGAAAGCCUUUAUUCAGAGGUCAAGUCUCAUUCGACAUCAGAGAAUCCACAGUGGAGAAAAAUCGUAUAAAUGCAGUGAGUGUGAAAAGAAAUUUGCCCAAAGCUCAAGCCUUGUUCGACAUCAGAGAAUCCACACCGGAGAGAAACCCUAUGAGUGUGAUCACUGUGGAAAAGCCUUCAAUGCGCGCUCAACCCUCACUGUGCAUGAAAGAAUCCACACUGGUGAGAAACCCUAUACUUGUAAUGAGUGUAGGAAAGCAUUCAGUGUGAGGGCACACCUGAUUAUACAUCAGAGAAUCCACAAUGGAGAGAAACCCUAUGAAUGUAAUGAAUGUGGCAGAGCAUUUAGUGUGAGCUCAGACCUCAUCAAACAUCAGAGAAUCCACUCUGGUGAGAAACCUUAUGAGUGUGAUGAGUGUGGGAAAGCUUUCAGCGUGAGCUCAGACCUCAUCAAACAUCAGAGAAUCCACACAGGAGAGAAGCCGUAUGAGUGUAAGGAGUGUGGGAAGGCCUUCUAUGCGAACUCAGCCCUUAUUAAUCACCAGAGGAUUCAUUCCGGAGAAAAGCCCUAUAAGUGUGGAGAAUGCAGGAAGGCAUUCAGCCAGAUCUCAACUCUUAUUCUUCAUCAGAGAAUCCAUACUGGAGAGAAACCAUACGAGUGUGACGAGUGUGGGAAAGCAUUCCGUGGGAGCUCUAAUCUUAAUAAACACCAGAAAAUACACGCCAAAGGAAAAAUUCACACUGGAGAGAAACCUUAUAAAUGCAAUCAAUGUGGAAAAGCCGUCAGUUAUAAAUCAGCCCUUCUUUCACACCAGGAAAUUCAUAAUAAAAUAAAACGCUAUCACUGUAAUGAAUGUGGGAAAGCCUUCAGUCAAAACACAGGCCUGGUUCUUCAUCAGAGGAUCCAUACUGGGAAAAGACCUUAUGGAUGUAAAGAGUGUGGUAAAUCCUUUAGUCAAAGUUCACACCUUAUUGGACAUCUGAGGAUCCAUACUGGAGAGAAACCCUUCAAAUGUAAUGAGUGCGAGAGGGCCUUCACUCAGAGGUCAGGACUCAUGGAACAUCAGAGAAGUCACACUGGAGAGAAACCAUAUAUGUGUAAGGAAUGUGGGAAAGCUUUCCGAGGGAGCACCAGCCUUACUCAGCACCUGAGGAUCCACACUGGGGAGAAGCCCUAUCAGUGUGAGGAAUGUGGACGAGCCUUCAUUCAGAGGUCAAGCCUUGUUCGUCAUCAGAGGAUCCACAGAGGGCAGAAGUCUGUUUCUGUAUCCUAAUUGUAAGAAGGCCUUUAAUCAUAAAUCAGGCCUUACUGAACACUUUAGAAAGCUAUACUGAAUACAGACCCAAUCACUGUGUAAUAAAUUCAAGAAAUUAGGCAUGUGGUGUCUCCAUUGUUAUUCAAAGUAGUCAAACUAGAAGA